AUGUCUCAGUUUCCUAUUACUGUUAAGGAUGUGGUGCAGCAAGUUCUGCCAGACCUCACCGAGGAAGAGCGAAAGAGUCUUCAUGACAAAUUGUGGGAGCUGGGUGUACGCACACCUGAAGACUUUGAAUAUCUCGACCCUCCUGAACUGUACAGCACGCUGACUCUUGUGAACUCUAAGAAGCUUUUGAAACGCUGGCGUGAUGCUAUUGAGGCCACCACAGCACCCAUGGAACCGAGCUCCCUUCAAGUACCCACUGAAUCUCAGCCUUCCGCCAGCAACUCAGCAUACACUUCAGGUUUGCAUGCGACCAAUUGGGCAGAAGCCUUUCAAAUUCCUUAUAGUAAGGCUCGAAACAGCUUCCUUGAUUCUCUCAAGCAGAAGAAGGAGCCGUCAAAGAGGGACCUGCUAGAUUUUGUUCGAAUUACUGCUGGAGAUAUUCACAACAUCAGCAAGAAGCCUGGUAGAAAAGCGAUUGCGUUGAUAGCAAAAAGGAUUGUUCUAGAUCACAUGGACUCACUUGCAGACAGGAUAGGCGGCAAUGUCAUUGGCUGUGGGUAUGCUUCACUUGCAUCGAAGCUUGAGUACCGCAUCGAUAACCUUAACCGCACCACGUCCUCACAUGUAGAACAACAGCCAGAAACGCAAAAGUGUGCUCCUGCAAAGCGGGACAUGUAUGGUUGUGUUGCAUGGAACCCUAAGCUUCCUCCUGGCGACACUGUAGAAGCACUGAGGACCGUCCAAAGUGAACUGAUGGCGUUUUAUACAUGUGGUGAGACUAAUACUCAAGAACUGAUGAGCAUGAUGCAGAAGACAUACUAUCUACAACGACAAGACAUAAAUGCUGGUAUAUCGAUGAUGCGAGCUGAACAGGAAUGGCCGUGGUUGCUGUCGAGCCCAUACCUCUUGGCACAUUUCCGGACUCUCACAGGCGUAGAUGCCUAUCAAGCUAUAGGAAACUGCAUGGCAGAGAAAGGGCGAGGAAUCCUGAGUUUCUUUUCUGAGAACCCUAAUGCAAGCAUGAAGUCCAACCUAGAAUCAGCUCAGGAAGCACUCUCCACCACUGCAGAAUAA